AUGAUGAGCAAUCACUCUAGUGCCACCGAAUUCUGCCUUUUAGGCUUUCCUGGGUCUCAAGAACUACAUCAUAUCCUUUUUGCUAUAUUCUUCUUCUUCUACUCGGUGACCUUAAUGGGGAACACGGUCAUCAUCGUGGUGGUCUGCGUUGACAAACGUCUGCAGUCCCCCAUGUACUUCUUCCUUGGUCAUCUCUCCACCUUGGAGAUCCUGACCACAUCCAUCAUCGCCCCCGUCAUGCUUUGGGGGUUGCUGCUCCCCGGGAUGCAGUCAAUAUCUCUGGCUGCAUGUGUCGCCCAGCUCUUCCUGUACCUUGCCGUGGGGACCACAGAGUUUGCCUUACUGGGGGCCAUGGCCGUGGACCGUUACGUGGCCGUCUGCAACCCUCUGAGGUACGACGUCAUCAUGAACAGCCGCACCUGCAUCUGGGUGGUAAUCACAUCGUGGGCGUUUGGGUUCCUUUCUGAAAUCUGGCCAGUCUAUGCCACAUUUCAGCUUACCUUCUGCGAAUCAAAUCUGCUAGACCAUUUUUACUGUGACCGAGGGCAACUGCUCAAACUAUCCUGUGAUGACACUCUUUUCACAGAGUUUGUUCUCUUUUUAAUGGCCAUUUUCAUUAUCAUUGGGUCCCUGACACCAACAGUCGUCUCCUACACCUACAUCAUCUCCACCAUCCUCAAGAUCCCCUCCGCCUCGGGCCGGAGGAAAGCCUUCUCCACCUGCGCCUCCCACUUCAGCUUUGUCGUCAUUGGCUACGGCAGCUGCUUGUUUCUGUACGUGAAACCCAAGCAAACGCAGGCCGCCGAGUACAAUAAGAUAGUUUCCCUGCUGAUUUCCGUGUUAACCCCUUUCCUGAACCCUUUCAUCUUCACUCUCCGGAACGAGAGAGUCAAAGAGGCCCUUCGAGACAGUGUGAAACGCUGCUGUCAGCUCCUCAACGAUUAA